GAAUGUUUAACUCUCAGUUGGAAGUGGCUAAAUUUGAAGGUGCAGCAAUUCGUACUGUGAGUGGUAUCCGAGGACAGAUCAAAAAGGCCCUCCGAACUCCAGUAGGUGCUUUCAGAGCAACAUUUGAAGACAAGUUGCUGAUGAGUGAUAUUGUCUUUGUGAGGACUUGGUAUCCUGUUUCUAUCCCAAGACUUUAUAACCCUGUAACGUCCUUGCUGAAGCCAGCAGGUGAGAAAGAUAGUUGGAGUGGAAUGAAGACAACAGGCCAGCUAAGGCAUGAGAAAGGCAUCAAACUGAAACAAAACAAAGAUUCUCUCUAUAAGCCUAUUGUGAGGGAGCAAAGGCAUUUCAAUAAGCUCCACAUUCCUAAAGCACUGCAGAAGGCACUGCCUUUUAAGAACAAGCCUAAGAAUCUUGAGAAGAAAGGCAAGACUCCAAAAGACCAGUGGAGACCAGCUGUUAUCAGGGAGCCUCAUGAAAAGAAGAUAUCAGCCCUACUCAGUGCUUUGAGUACAGUGAAUAAUUACAAGAUAAGGAAAGCCAAAGUAAAACAUCGGGAGCAUCUUAAAGAAUAUCUCAAAGUUAAGCAGAAGGAGGAUGAACAGAAAUUCAAGAGGCAAAAGGAGGCUAAGAAAAAAAUCUACCGCAUACUGGGACAAAGGGAAAAAAAGAGGCAGAAGUCAAGCUUGAAAGGAUCUAGUAAGGGAGAGAAGAGUAUGUAAAAUUUAAUCAGAUUUCAGGCCAAAUGAGGAAAUAAGAUAGCUGUGCAAUUUUCUGUUGAAGAAACAAGGCCUUGGAAUAUACUAGACGUGCAUUCAAGAGAAGAAAAAAAUGCAAAUAUGACUUUAUUCAUGCUCUUGAAUACAUUUGGCAAUGUCUAUAAAUAAGAUGUAGAAGUAUGAAUUGUGGUUUUUCUACAAGAUAUUCUGGAGGACUUUGUAUUUCAGUAUAUUUCUGUCUAUACUGCACAUUCUAUAUAGCCAAUAAAGUUAUUUUAAUGUCAGUUACA